AGUUAUGUACGUGUCUAAAGUCGGGUCUUUAUGAAUUUUUCUUUCAAUUUUAGAACCCUACUUACCUUACACAAAUAAAGUCUAUUUUGGCAAUUUUUCGUAUAUUGUACAAUGACAAACAAAACAAAUCUACUUUCGAACAGUCUAAACUUUGCCGAAAAUAAUCGUUUUGUUCUAACAAGUCGAAAAGUCGACUAUCAUGUAGAAAAUGUUAAUAAUCAAAAAAGUUAUAUAAAUGAGUUUGUUUUGCUAUGAAACAGUUAAGCGAAAAUGGGACCCUGUGUGAGUUGGCAAUUAAACAAGUAACCAAAGUUAACUAACCGAGUACUCAAGAACAAUUUCUUAAUAAUAAUUUAAACUUAAUCAUUAACGUUAAAACUGAUUCUAUAAGUUAAGAUACAAUUGUAGCAUAAAGUACUUUGUGCUUGCAGAGCCAGUGCAGGAAAAAACUUUUUCUUAGAGUGGACAAAAUUGGAACGUCAUGGACUUCAGUUUUGAAAAAGCGUUAACUUUUAUAAAUAUUUGGGAAAAUAUUUUUGAAUAUUUCAAUCUAAAAGAGCAAUUGUAUUUAACACAGGUUUGUUGGCAAUUUCGUCAUAUUGUGAAACAUUUGAUAUGGAAAAGAAAAUGUAAAGAAUUGAAAUUGUUUACAAUAGAAGAUAAAGCUAUAGCCUUAGUCACCAAUGAAGUAGACGAUGUCGUGCGUUAUAAUGCCUACACAGAUCCCAUGUUUAAACGUGAUUGCUCCGAUUAUAAAAUAACAGAUGUUUCCCAAAAUUCAAGUGUACUCUUAAAUUAUGUGGAAGUAAAAGAACUAUUACUUCUGAAUCUCACUAAUGUGAAAAAAAUACAAAUCGUUGAGGGUGCCAGUGAAUUGGAGAGGGAAAACAAACAAAGUAUUUUUAGGGUUUUAAUUCAAAAUGGGUUUCCACAACUAACGAGUUUAAACUUGUAUGGUAUUAACAGUUUAAACGCAGAUACAUUUCAGAAAAUUAACCUAUGUUGCCCACAGUUGGAGAAACUAGCUCUAAGUAAUUGUUUUUACUACAACAAUAACAAUGGUGUUUUGACUGAUCAUAGGGGAAUUAGCGCAAUUGCCGAUAUGAAAAUGUUGAAAUCAUUUAUUGUAAACGAAAAACACUACGACUAUGAACUGGAACAUAUUUUGUACGUUAUUAGACAGUUGCAACAUGUUGUACACCUUAUUUUAAAAGUAAACACCGUAGCCAGAAAUUUAGAUGGAAAUUCUGAGGCAAUAACUCUCAACUUUCCCGAUAAUAUAUGUCAAAUAAUCAGUUUUAAAUUGCGAGUUAAUUUUCCGAUUUUUUCCGUAAAUCCAAACUCAUUUCUUUUUGAUUUCAAAAAUCUGCAGGUAUUAUCAAUAACUGCUACCAACCUUUUCUUUUGUGUAAACAAAGAUGUGUUGGAAAAUUUAACAAGAACUUGCAAACAUUUAAAAAAUUUAUAUUUGAGUUUUUGUAAUAUCGAGAAUUUUUUUGCUUUACCUUCUUUAGAAACACUUACACUUAUAAAUUGUUGUCCCCUAAAUUGGAUGGACCUGAAAUCAAUUUUAAGCCAACAAAAUUUAAAAUCAUUCACAUCACUUUUUACAAGAUUUUCUAAUACUUUUAAACUUUUCCAUAUUGAAUCGGCUUUGGAAUAUUUGCGAAUAGAAACAAUGGAAUAUGAUUUUAGGGAUGAAUUAAAACAACUUUUAUUAUACAACUGCCAAAAAAUGAAAAACUUAUCCACCUUUAUAUGGCAUGAUUUUACACUUUGGUACGCUGACGAACCUAUUGCCAUGCAAUUUCCCCUAAAAGGCACUUAUCUCAAUUUGGAAUCAAUGUUUAUAGAUUUAAGUGUUAUUGUUAUGGAUGAUAUACUAAAAAUGAAAUGUCUUAAACAAUUAGCCUUUAUGGAUAAUGAGCAUGAAAUUAAUUUAAACAAUUUAUUAACUAUUUUCAAACAUUCUACAUUGGAAUCUUUUACACUUUACACACGAAAUGUUGAAUAUAAAGUGAAAAUUUCUACGAAUGAGUAUAUUGGCUAUAAAAUAAAUUUACGUUUAAUUCAAAUUCCUCUCAGUAUAUUUAAUAAAACAACAAAUAUUUGGCUAAGCAUACUAUUCACGAAUCCCCAACUGCAACUGGUUUGUUAUUGUAGUGAUUUCAAUGCCUUUAACGUUGAAUAUUUAAAAGAUUUGAUUGAAAAUCCUAAUUUUCCAGCAAGAAUUAAAUCUAUAAAAAUAUGUGGCUUAACGAUAGAUUGUAAGGAUUUAAAGGAGAAUCCGGAUAUUGUAUUGAAUUCGAUUAAGGCUGUUACUGAAUAUUGUGAUUUUUCUAAAAACACGUUGCAAUUAAAGCUCUAAAUCACGUCGUAUUUAUAAUUCUAUUAUGAGAAUUUAUUAAUUGCAAUGUCCACCUACUCCGGUCAUCGAAAUUAUGACCUCAGUAAGCUUCUUUAGAUGAUGACUGAUAUCUGGUAAUGAAGCAGGCAAUUCGAUUAAAUAAACAUCUAAAAAUUACUAAUGGAAUAAUUAUUUAUUAUUCGCAUAGAGUAUAAAUUGUUAUUGAUGAUGGAUAACAGCCAAAUCUAGAAAAUUUCUUAAUUCCUAAAACAGUUUGAGAAAUUGUCCAAGUGUUGUGUUAAGAUCAAGUAUUAACUGCAAAGGAUAUUUAGAAUUAAACAAGAGUUUCCUGUUCAGGAAACAAAAAAAUGGUAUACAAACCAACUGAGUACUGAACUAUAUAUGUACAUAUGUAUUAUGAAUAAUUAAUUUAUUUAUUAAUAUUAAUAUACAUCUGUGUAUAUAUUAAAUAUUUUUAAAUUUACUUUAUUAAUACUAAUUUCAACUACAUACUAAGUGUUUUGUUUAUUUUUUUUUUUACAUUAACAUUCAAAAAAGUUUUAGUUUUGUACAAAUGUUUGUAUACAACAUUUCAUAUAUAGUUUUUUUUUUAAUUAAACUUAAUACUAAUAGAACUAAAUUAAAUACUAAUUAAUUGUAAUAUUUUAUUAACUUAAUUAUGUUAUUAAAAAAAAGUAAACUUAAUUAAGAAAGAAAAUUAAAAAAAAACAUCUUAUUGUUUAAUACACUUUGAAAAGUAAAUGUUAAUUGAUUUUAGUACAAAGUUUUUGUAGUAAAGCGAAAUAUUAAAUUGAAAUAAAAUUAGAUUUGAAAAUGGCACAUGAUGGAAAGGUUUAACAUGUAAAUUAAAAACAAAAAUACGAUAAUGGAAGCAUGAUUAAAGCAUAAGUUUUAUGUGUUGUUAGUUAUAUAAUAAUUUCAAUAGUUUUUGUUUGUUUUUUGUUUAUUUAAGGCAUUGUUUGAUUUGAGAAAAAAAGGCACAAUGUCAUAUUUAUUUUACCAAUUUUUUGAAAAUUACCAAAAUUUUUUUGUUUAAGGCCAACAAAUAUAUUUAUUUGUCUAUAUUGUAUAGUGGUAUUUGCAACAAAAAAAAUUAAUUAAAAAAACUGCACUGUAUAAUAACCUGAUUAUACAAAAUUAUCUUUUAUGUUAUUUAUAAUACAUAUAAAUACUUUUAUAUCAAAUUAUUUUUUAAAUUUUUAGUUAUUUGUUUUUUUAUCAAUUAGUUUAUA